CAGAAAUGGAAGAACACUCUCUCACUCAUCAUCAUCAUCACUCAUCACACUCCUCACUCUUAACCCUUCCCAAUCUCCAACUCCAACUUUCCUCUUCUCCCAAUCCAGCUAAUCUCCACUUCUCAACUCCAAUUUAGGGUUUCAUAUACAUAUACAUAUAUAUAUAUAUAUAUGUAGAUGCGAGUGAGUGAUCUGCGAAGCGGAGGAUGAACGUGAGCAGGCCGGCGGUUCAUCCGCUGGAGGCGCCGCCGCUGAGGGACGGUGCGGAGAAUGCGCCGAGGGUGAGGAUGAAGGACUUGCAAGGCAUGCCUGGUACCCCCGGUGGCCUCGCUCUUCGUCUCUGUCAGUUCUUCUUCGCUCUUAUCUCUCUCUGCGUCAUGCUCUCCACCUCCGAUUUCCCUACUGUCACUGCUUUCUGCUACCUUGUUGCUGCUUUAGGCUUGCAAAGUUUGUGGAGCUUUUCGCUGGCUGCAGUUGAUAUAUAUGCCCUUUUAGUGAGAAGACAUUUGCGGAAUCCCAGAGUAGUCAGUUUUUUCACCAUUGGUGAUGGGAUUACGUCGACUCUUACAUUCGCUGCUGCUUGUGCAUCUGCUGGUAUCACAGUCCUUAUUGGCAAUGAUCUUGACAAAUGCGCUGUGAAUCACUGUGCAAGAUUCGAGUCAGCUACUGCUAUGGCUUUUAUCUGCUGGUUUGUUGCAUCUCCCUCGUUUCUUUUGAACUAUUGGUCAUUGGCGGUAUCAGCCAAUUACUGACUUUGUUACUGUCACUUCUAGCUGUUCUGUUCUAUAAAUCAUCAACAAAGAUGACUCGAUUGCUUCACUGUAUGUAUAGAUAAAUUUUGCUUAAAAGAUUGAGGCACAAGCCAUUUGGAAUACAAUAGUUGUCAGAUAUCUUUCGAAUUUUGAGUUUUGAUUGCUUCGCUGAGUUUUUUCUGUUAAAUUCUCAGCUGAGUUGUAUGUUUAUGACUAGAGAGUUGAAGUUAAUUGUUUUGUAUGCAACCAUGAAUUGUAUGUUUUA